AUGUCAAAUAUUCCAAAUUAUGACGAUUUUGCGAAAUCACAAAAUGAUAUAUUUUAUAAAGAUUUCCCCAUUAACGGAACAUCGUUGGAUGUUAAAACUAAAGUUCCAAAUGGAGUUGAGUUUUCAGUUAGGGGGCAUCAACCAUCUACAGUUGGGACUAUUAUAGGUCAGCUUGAGGGAAAAUAUUCAGAUAAACUCUCUGGUUUUGUUUUUUGUCAAAAUUGGACAACGGAGAAUGCUUUGACUACGAAAAUAACACUAGAAAAUCAUCUUGCAAAAGGAUUGAAAGCAGAUAUUCAUACAACUUUAUUUCCAUUAUCCAAUACAAAAACUGCAAAACUUGGAUUAGGAUAUAAACAGCCAUCUGUUAAUAUUCGUACAAUGGUUGAUUUAUUCAAAGGACCCACAUUUUCUGGAGAUAUCGUUGUAGGAAAGGACGGGUUUAUUGUCGGAGGAAAUGUUGACUAUGAUAUUCUUAAUGGGACGAUUACCAAUUAUGCAACAUCAAUAGGAUAUUCUCAACCUCAAUAUUCUGUUGCUGUUCAGGCUACACAGAAUCUUUCAGUAUUUUCGGCAUCCUAUUAUCAUCGCGUAAAUGCAGUUACUGAAGUUGCAGGGAAAAUGACAUGGGACACAAGAAGACCUACUAGUAUGAUCUCUCUCGAAGUAGGUGCGAAACAUCUUCUUGACAAACAUGCUUUUAUCAAAGCAAAAAUAAACAAUGACGGUAUAGCAGGGAUUUCUUUUACUCAAACGCUUUAUUCUGGAAUAAGGGUUGGUCUUGGGUUAUCUUUAGACACUCAGCGAUUAUCAGAAGUAGCUCAUAAAAUUGGCAUGUCCAUUGCUAUUGAGGGUUAA